AGCGCACGCAAUUUGUAAAAAUCUCUGCAAAAUAUAAACAAUUGAAAAUGGAAGGCAACCACGACCUGUCCGAGGAGUUAAUACAACGUCUAAGCUCUGGUGGUGGUCUGGAGGAAGUGAUUUCAAGUGAAAUCUUUGAGGAAACCAACAUAUAUGAGGAUGGCCACGAUGUGGAAAAUGAACCCGAUGAUAUUAUUAUUGUGCACAUGGAUAUAAGAGAACCGCUGAGUACGUUGAAAAAACUUGUGGAGCAAAAGAUAGGCGUGCAGCUGCACUAUUAUACAUUCUGCCUGCAGGAGCAGCAGGAGCUGGAGCCUCACAAGAAUCUGGUUGAUCAGUGCGUCAAGGGCGAGGGAUUGGUGCAGAUCAAUGUGCAAAUUCAAACGAUACGCAAGAAGAUCAACAUUGCGGAUGUGCUCAAACCCACAGAGGCUGCUCUGGCCACCUUGGCAAUUGAGGAGGCGUCGCAGCUUAACUCCGCCCACGACACCAACACCAACAGCAGCAACAAGAGUUCACCCAGUUGUAGUCCAGUUAAAGCAUCCAAGAAGCCCAAGGCCAAGGAGGAAUCCACAGAGGUCGAUGUCACCGACGAGGACAAGGACACGGACGGAGAUGGAGCCAAGCCUGUGUUGAACUGGGUGCUGGAUAGCAAAUUCAAGCGCGAGCAGAUGCGUCUCAAAAUACCCGAAGCGGUCGGUGAAUGGACACAGGCACAUGUCGCCCACUGGCUGGAAUGGGCCAUCAAGGAGUUUGAGCUCCGUGAUCUUAACAUGGAUGCCUGGUACAUCAAUGGACAAGAGCUGUGCGCAAUUACACACGAAGAGUUCAGCCGCAAACUGCCUAGGGAUCCGGGUAAUGUCUUCUGGACGCAUCUGCAGCUGCUCAAGGAGUGCAACUUUGUGUCCGUGGUGCACAAACAGGCGGAGGAAUUGCGCAAGCCCAAACAGGGCAAAUCGACGGGCACAAUGUCGGCGACGACAACGAGUACAGUGGGAUUGGAGCAGCGCAUUAUGCGUAAAUCCUAUCAGAGCGUCAAAAGCAAUGACUCCUCUGAGAGCUCGCCUGCGCCCCAAAGUCCGAGUCAUCAUAACAGCAUUGGCUCUGGCAACAAUGGACAGGUGCAGCUUUGGCAAUUUCUGUUGGAAAUUCUCACCGACAGCGAGCACACGGACAUCAUUGAAUGGGUGGGCACCGAUGGCGAGUUUAAGCUAAGUGAUCCCGAUCGUGUGGCACGUCUUUGGGGUGAGAAGAAGAACAAACCCGCCAUGAACUAUGAGAAGCUAUCGCGUGCACUGCGUUAUUACUACGAUGGUGACAUGAUAUCCAAGGUGUCUGGCAAAAGAUUUGCCUACAAGUUCGACUGUGAUCUGAAGCUGUUGAUUGGCUACGAUGCCUGUGAGCUGUCCAGGCUGGUGAACGAGCGCAAAUGGUCAGAGCAUCUGCAAAUGUCCCACAAGGAAGCCAGCAAUGAGGCAACAUGACCUACAGAGCUACCGAUCACAUCACCGACUUUCAAGCAAGAUCCCAGCAUACUCUGGAAGUACGAGGCCCCUUAACUUUGGUUUAAUAUAAGAAUAACAAAACAUUCAAUGCAUCGACUUAAGGACAACAUUUUAUUGUUCAUCAUCAUAAUAUACGUGUAUUCACUAAGCAUUAUAAUCUCCGUCUCUGUAAGCUAUAAAUAUUAUAUAUGUAGGUACUGUAUCUAUAUCUAUAAGUAUGAUAGACAUUUAGUAAUAGGUCUAGCGAUAAUUCUUCAUUGUUCGCCGUUACAUAAUUAUUGCGAUUUUUGUAAAAUCCAUAAAAUUCAAUUAACAUUUUUCAUU